CACAGGCUUGGUUUCGAACGUCAUUUCUUAAACUGACACCAAACCCCGCCACAUCACCCGGAACCGCCCAAAAUUCGCGUCGUCAACAUCCCUACCGCGCAUCGCUGCGAAAAAGAAAGAAUACAAGAGAUUAUAUAUUGCCAACUUUUCUGUCCUCUUUACCCAAGUCGCAGCCCGCGCGUUCGCGUACAUCUCAAGAAUGGCCGGCGGAAAGGGCAAGUCCUCGGGAGGCAAGAGUUCCGGCGGCAAGACUGGGGUUGAAGGCCCCAAGAAGCAGCAGAGCCAUUCGGCGCGCGCCGGCUUGCAGUUCCCUUGCGGCCGUGUCAAGCGUUUCCUGAAGCAGAACACCCAAAACAAGAUGCGCGUCGGUGCCAAGGCAGCUGUUUACGUUACUGCGGUACUGGAGUAUCUCACCGCUGAGGUGCUCGAACUCGCCGGAAACGCUGCCAAGGACCUCAAGGUCAAGCGCAUCACGCCGCGCCAUCUCCAGCUAGCCAUCCGUGGCGACGAGGAACUGGAUACCCUGAUCCGCGCGACCAUCGCCUUCGGAGGUGUCCUCCCGCACAUCAACCGUGCUCUCCUCCUGAAGGUCGAACAGAAGAAGAAAGCCAAAGCCGCCGAGGCGUGAGAAGACAAGAAUCAUGAGCUCGACUGUGGAGAGGAGUUAGAAUCCGAGACAUGCGAGCCUGAAGAACAGGCGCGCGGGACAGUUGUGGUGCUCUUUUUCUUUUCCUCCUGGUUUCGUUGCAUGGCGAGACCCGCAUUUCGGACGGACCAUCCGACAAUGGCUAUGCGCGACAAGGGACUUUUACGACGCCUAAGGUACACGGUCACAACUAACGCGGAGGUUUAAGGAUGGGGGGCAAAUUGCCGAGUGUUUGGGAUGCGAUCUGGUGUGGGAGCACAUUAGGGUAGGCGCCGGCUCUCGUUGUGGGACUUCUGGCCCUCAUCCACCGGGAGUAGACUGGUUCGGUUACUUGUAUCAACACAGUUUUGUCUCUUUUUGCUAAGUUGGCGAGAGGGGACCCAAGGCAGUGGUGGCUGCUUGAGCUAGUUGCAAGCUGCAUUAUCUUACUGCUCCUACUUUGUAAGCAACCGGCUAGGGGUUGCAUCUUGGUUGCUGGCC